CAAUGGCCAAUUGAUGGAGAUUUGGAAGGUUGUAUACUAGCACGGUAUAUUCCGAAUAUUGGUGAAUGGACAAUAUUUACUCACACACAAUUAGAAAAGUUGCAAAAACGUGAAAUCAAAAAACCCACUCCGCAUACUUCAACCCCAACAACACCAAUUUCAGAUUGGUAUAUACCACCACCAAACCCUGCACAUCGAUUAUCAAAGGAAAGCCUAAUAAAGCAGUUACAUUUAAGAUGUGUUAAAAUUGAUGAGAAAGAAAAUAAACAUGAGUUGGUAAAAAAAUUGGAAUCGAAACUAAUGAUAAAUAUGCAUGCGAAUAACGAAGUAUUAGUUGAAGUACUUAUGGAUAAAGUGGAUAAUAAAACCCAACAACA